GCGGUUUACACUGAGCGCUUUGAGUCAGAGGCUGCUGAAUUCAGUGCUAACUGUGAAAAAAUAACAGAGUGAUAGUGGUGUUUUAUGGAGUUUUUAUUUUGAAAAUAAUUACCUGUCGCUUUACUGAGGAUUGCAGUUGUCGCUCGGACAGAUAUAUCCUUUUGUCGACAGAUCUAACUUGUGGUGACUGAACCCCAGUUUUCCAACUUUGUAACUGAAGUACAGUUUAAAAUGAGGUUAAGUUGUGUCUGUGCGUGCGUGUCCGGGCUGCUUCUGGUUAUUUGUUUGAGCGCAUUCUGUGACCCAUGUGCCACUUUUAAAGAUUGCCACACAUGCACUAAUCAGACUGGCUGUUUGUGGAUGGCUUGUGCAAAUGAAACAGCCCCAGCAUGUGGAAACAGCUCACUGCGUAAUGCAUCACAGUGCAAGACUGAUUGUGACGCUUCCGAUACCACUGCCAUGACAAAAGCCUCAACACAGUCUCCCAACACAACUGCUAAUGGAACAACUCCACAUACACCAAGUAAUACAACAGUUGUGACAACAAGCAAUACUACAAUCCCUGCAAAGACUUCUGCUGCCUCUGCAAGCACCACAGCUAGUCCACGCACUGGCUCCAGGUUCGACGCAGGCAGUUUCAUAGGUGGCAUUUUACUGACCCUGGGUAUGACGGCCAUUCUGUUCAUGGGAUACAAGUUCUCUUGUGCAAAACGAGAAGUGCAAUACAGAACCAUCGAGGAACAUGAUGCCAUAAUCUAAAGAAUAACGAUAUGAAGAAAAUCCAGAAGAACUUUUCUAAGUUUCUUAAAAAGACCUGAGGGAAGAAGAUCCAAAUGACACAGAUGUUAUUUUUUGUACAAUACUACAGAAAUAAUUUCAGAUUUACUGCACUAUUGCUUUAAAUGUAAAUACUUUAAUAUAUUGUCCCUAAUGCAUGGUUAUGACACCACUUGGAUGCUUUACUUUGUUACACGGUUGUGUUUGGGGGGGUGGGGGGUGCUUUUAUACUUUUAAAAUGUUUUUCUUUUGCAUGUUUAGUUACCUGCUUUGUAAUAUAAGGAUCUGCAUGUCAUUUUAGGGAUGUGUGUUGAUACUGAUAGGUCAGGCACCAGUGAGCUCUCAGACCAGGGACACAUUGAUCAGAAAUGGCCCUGCAGGAAGGGAACUGGAAGCAUUACUGUGAUUCUUGCCAAUCAAAAGAGCGACUGUAUGUAAACCAGGUUGUUUAAAUACAACACAUACGUAAUUGGAGAAAAAAGGACUAGUUGCUUUUGUCGGUGCAAAGUGUUGAUUUGGUUUUGGUUCUGAUGGAUAAUAAAGUAAAUUUGGACCAA